AUGAAAAUGUUACAAACUGAAUUAUCAAAUAAUAAUUCACCCUUUUUGUCGUUUUCAAAUGAUUCAUCGCUUGUGAUUGAUAGUAGUAGCGGUAGUGCAGUGGAUGUUUUGAGAAAUUCGUCAGCGACCACCAUUACAUCGGCAGCAACACUUCUUUCUACGUCAACAUCGGAUCUUCUUUUAAACAGGUCUUCACCACUUCAGGUAUCAACUAGUUCUUCGCCAACAAUAUCGCCGUAUUCUAGUGACUCUACUACUACUACUUUCAAUAGUCAAUCGAUAUUCAAUGAACAAGAACAUUUCGAUUUGGCGAAUCUCUAUAUAAGAUCGACCUGCUACCACCAUGACCAUGAAGGAACGACCAUCGAUCAUAACCAUCGGCAUAUCGACAAUAUCCUAAGUUUAACCAGUAGCAUCGGUAUCGAUAUCGACAUCGAUGAUGAAUAUGAAUUCUAUUUAGAUAGUCUUUGUUUGAAUAUCGAUCAUCAUAAUCAUCAACAAAUACAACAACAACAACAACAACAACAACAACAACAACAACAACAACAACAACAUCAACAACAUCAACAAUCACCAAACCAAAAAGAAGAGGAAGAACAAUCACCAAUAACAGAUAAACAACUAAGAGAAAAAGAAAAAGAAGUAGAGGAAGAAGAAUCAGAUAUAAUAUCAAACCUACCAUAUGAAUUAGUGUUAUAUUUUCUUUCAUUUCUAUAUCCUCUCGAUGUGAUUAGAAAUGUUAGUCUGGUGUGUAAAUACUUUUAUAGGUGCUCUCGAAGUAAUUGUCUUUGGCGUGAUCUGAUCUACAAUGAAUAUGUAAACAGCAGAAAUCAACAAAACAAACAACAACAGCAGGUUAUUAAUCUACUGAAUUGUUGUAGACAUGAUGGUCGUGCCAAUGGUAACAGCUUGGCAACCAACCAACAACAUCCUGACACCAUAGAUUGGUAUAGUUAUUAUUCUGAAAAAACAAUGUUAAGAAAAUCUGUAAAUUAUAUUAAAUGGAAAUCAAUACAAUAUCAUGAGCAACAUCAUGAAAAAUCAAGUCGGUAUCGACACACUGCAACAACUAUAACCGAUAGUAAAGGAAAGAAGAUGAUAUUAUUACUUGGUGGAAUAUCAACAAAUCCUCAACAACAACAACAACAUAAUCAUAAUCAUCAACAAUAUUCACAUUCUGAUAUAAAUAUAAUCGAUCCGGAUUCAUGUAAUAUAAUUUGCCCAACUAUCAAUAUUGAAAACCGAUUGAAUCAGACCGUCGAUUUGGGAUUCGGAAUCAGUCGGCACACUGCCAACUACAUCGAUGCACUCUGUAGUGUAUUCGUGUUUGGUGGAACGCGAACCGAUUUCGUGAGUGGCGUUUCCAAGAAAUCGAACCAACUCAACCAGAUUAUCAUUGGCAAUCAAUUCAAACAAGUGAAAUGGUUGACCGUUGAGAUGUCCUCUGCUGACGACUCCUGUGCUGUUGUGGUGCCACCGGCUCGAUCCGACCAUUCCUCGUGUGUAAUCGGCAGCACACUCUAUAUAUUUGGUGGUUCCGACGAGCGUGUACAGCCACUAAACGACCUCUACUGUUUUCAAGCCGAUCGACCAACAGCGGGUUGGACGAAACUAGAGACCAGCGGCGCCAUUCCAUCGGCGCGCUCCGGACACUCGAUGUUGGCGGUUGGCAACCGGUCGAUCUAUGUGUAUGGUGGCGGUGUUUGGGAUCACAAAAAGUGUUGGGUCAAUCGCAACAGUCAGCUAUUCCACCUGGACACCCAGACCUUGGUGUGGACCGAGAUCAAAUGUCUCAGGCCACCCUCGAUCUCCACGUUCUCAUCGAUCUUCUCAGUUGGCUAUCAUCUAUUCGUAUUGUUUGGUGGCGGCUACGACGGUUUAGUUACUAACGGUGGCUACUACUUUGACACGAUCGAAAACGUUUGGUAUCCACUCAAGUCGAAAGACACACCGACACCAAAGAACUCAUCGGCACUCUGUAUUGUAGGUGCAUCUACUAUCUUUUUUAUUGGUGGUGAAAAGAGAAGAUCCACUUCAAUUCAAAUAUUAGAAAUGUUAUAUACCCAUUCUUUAGCUAGUGCACCAAUCAUUUUUGCUUAG